AUGCCCCGUGGAAGAGCUUCUCGGACCUCUAGCCAUAGCGAACAGCAGAGGGAUAGAAGGCGUCCUGAAAUUACAAUAGUUGCUGCUGAACCCCUCCGGCCAUCCUCUUGGUUUCCAGGUGCAAGCCCUGUCCCUCCUCAAGGAUUAGGAUUCCCUUCUGCUUCAUCUCAUGCUCAGUGGAGGAGAAAUGAGCAUAUUCCAGCUGAGCUUCCACCGUCAUAUGAGCAGGUCAUAAAAGAAAUUAAUCAAGUGCAAGUCAAUACAACAAAUAACAAUAAUGCUGCUGCUCCUAGACAUACCACUACUUCUGCAACACAAACUGACUUUCCAGAAGAACUAAUCAGCCAUUUGCCAGGAAGUAAUGUAAAAACCAGUGUGCCUACUCACUGGGAAUCUGCAGGCUAUCCAGGCCAGAGUCCUCUUAAACCUCCUAGGCCUUCUGCAUCUCUCCUGAAUAGGUCUCCUUCAGAAAAUGAGAAUCCCUUAAUAGUCUUUGAAAUUUCUGAAGGUCAGAGGUGCCAAGAAGAUCCCAAUGCUGUGAUAUGUCCUGUGCCAAAGCCAAGAUCAAGAAGCAAUCUCAGACCUGUGGUCAAAAAUACUGUAAGUAAGACAGACAAUGGAGAAGAAGUGAACCAGUCUACCACAAAAAGACAGCAACCUCCAAUUCAGCAGCCACCUCUCUUAGAUGAUAGCUUACUAGACAAUCAAUUGGCGACGGACAGCAUGAGUACAGAAAAGAGCCAAAAUAGUAUUGUUUCAAGGAUCAAAGUUUUUGAAUCCCAAGGAACUAAUGAUACCUCAGGAUUAUCAAAAAAGCCAGAAAUUGCCCCUCGUUCAUUUGCCACAAGACCUGGUACUGCAAAGAAGCCAGUAGUUGCUCCAAAGCCAGGGGUAAGCAGAAUUUCAGGGGACUGGGAUGCAUGGACAGAAAACAAAUCAACACCUUCCAAGGAAUUGCAGCCUCAAUCUGAAGUAGUUGGGAGCAGUGUUGUAACCAAACCUGAACUGCCAAAGAAGCCAAAACCUGGCCUUGUUAAAAGUAGUAGUAGUAGUGAUUUUCUUGAUGCAAAGAGUGGAUCAGUUGCAGAGAACAGUGAUGGACAAAAGAAAUUUCCUGUUCCUGCUCCAAGGCCUCUUGUUCCUAAAAAAUCACGCUACUCAGAAAAUCCUGCCCUUUCUUUGGCCUCACUAAAACCGAUUGCUGCUCCCCCACGGGCUUCUGUGUCUGCCCAAGAAAAAGUUUUCAAGUCUCUGGGGGAAUUGUCACCUGCAGCCACCUCCUCGGCACCUGCUUUGCAAAAUAAACUAGAUGUGGAAGGAGAUCUGAUCAGUUUUGAUGAUGAUGUUUUGCCCCUAAGUCCAGCUUGUGCAGUUAAAGAUAGCAUCACUUCUGAAGCAGCAGCAGAUCCAUUUCAGUUCCUCGCCAAAAGUGAACCUGCAAAGGAACAGACAGCUCAGCCAGCUGUAGCCCGGAAACCCACUGUGAUCCGAAUCCCAGCUAAAGCUGGAAAACCUUUAAAUGAAAUCCUGCAUAGCCCUCCACCACUUUUUGCUGAAAAGCCUAUUGGGAACACCUCUGAUAUCACAGUGGGAAAACCCAACGGUGCUGACAUAGUAAAAAAAGUGGAGCUGGAUCAUUCAGAACAGGGUGGAGUACUUCAGCUAGAACCUGUACUACCCCCAAGGCCUGUGGAUGGAAAAAUUAUACCUGCUCGACCUCCCCCACCUAAAGGUGUUCCUGGAAGGCCACCUCCACCAAAACUCUCUGCAGCCAAGACCUCCAACCAGAAGGAUCCUCUUUCACGAUCUACUUCUGACAUUGCUCUUGAUAAAAAAACCAGCAAGUUCAGAUUGGGACCCAAGAGAGCAAAAAGUCAAGUCUUUAAAAAUCGAGAUCCAGCAUUACCUCCUAGACCUAAACCAGGUCAUCCUCUCUACAGUAAAUACAUGCUACCUAUGCCUCAUGGAGUUGCCAAGGAAGAUUGUCUUCCCAGGAGCCCUGGAGAACUGUCCUGUAAGGAUUCAAACCACCCUCCAAAAGUUUCUGAAACAAGUGCACCUCAUGCUGUAGUCCUGCAUGAUUUUCCUGCAGAGCAUCCUGAUGACUUGGACCUUCAUUCUGGAGACACCGUUUGUCUUUUGGAGAAAAUUGAUACCGAGUGGUACAGAGGAAAGUGUGGGAAUCGCACAGGGAUAUUUCCUGCCAGCUUUGUUAAAGUAGUUAUUGAUGUUCCAGAAGGUGUCAACAGGAGAAAAAUACCCUGUUCAUCAGGAUGUAUUAAAGGCCCAAGAUGUGUAGCACGAUUUGAAUAUAUUGGAGAUCAGAAAGAUGAGCUCAGUUUUUCAGAAGGUGAAACUAUUAUCCUUAAAGAAUACGUAAAUGAAGAGUGGGCCAAAGGAGAGCUCAGAGGCAUGUCUGGAAUUUUCCCCUUGAACUUCGUGGAAGUAAUUGAAGAUCUGCCUGGAACAGGUACAAGAGCAGUACUGAAGAACAGGGUGGAGGUUUCUUCUUCUCUUCCUCAGAACAACAGACGCUCAGUAGAGUGGUGUGAAGCACUUCAUGACUUUACCGCAGAAACCAAAGACGAUUUAUCCUUUAAAAAGGGAGACUACAUCCAAAUACUGGAACAAGUAGAUUCAGAGUGGUAUAGAGGAAGACUGAAUGAAAAGGAAGGGAUUUUCCCAGCAGUUUUUGUUCAGACCUGCUCAGCCAGGGUAGAGCUGUCACAGUCUAUAGGAGGGAAGAAAGGAAAAGCCAAAGCUCUUUAUGAUUUUCAUGGAGAAAAUGAAGAUGAGCUUUCCUUCAAAGCAGGUGAUACAAUAACAGAGCUGGAAUCUGUAGACGAGGACUGGAUGAGUGGAGAGAUACAAGGAAAGUCUGGGAUAUUUCCCAAGAACUUUGUUCAGAUUUUAAAAACACUAUGAAGCGUUGCCUCUCUGUACUCCCUGCACGUGGGAGAGAAUGUUUUCUAUCCUAAAGGCACAGCAAAGACAGCAAUGUGUUUUGACUAUCAAUGUUUUGCACUACUUUUCUAGACAGUCAUACUAGUAUCUUGAAGUCAAAUAAGAACAUUUUAGUCUUUCGUGACAGUAUAUGUAGUCAGGCUUCAUGAAUGCUCUGAGAGCAAAUACAAGCAGGAUUUUUAGCAGUUUCCAACUAGGGAAUUACUGUGGUGCAACACCAUUUUAACUUAAAUAGCAUUCUAGUAUGUUUACUAUCUGGUAUUACAUUUAUCUUGCACAAAGUCUGCAUAAAGUUAGCUUCUUUGGGCUUCUUUAAAAACUUUAAGUUCCAAAUUUUAAAAAUUGGUUUUAAGAGAUAAUGCAGCACUCGGUAUGUAGAUCAGGUUUGAUAUUCAGGUUUCAUUACUGCUUCACUUCCACAUUAGCAGUAGAAUACACUUGUUUUAUGACUUACAGGAUAAGGAAGAUAAGUGAUAUUUCAUAGUAGAGAAAUAUCAAAUCGAAUACUGGUAAGAGGGAAAACUGAGAAGUAAAUCCUUGUGUAGUAUUCUUCUAUUCUUAGCCCAAGCUGC